AUGACCGCAAUAUUACAAUUUUUGAAGUCUCCACAAUGACAUUGUAACUGCAAUUUAAACCACAUAAGUCGUUUUUUCUCGUAGUGUAAAGAUUUGCAGUGUAACCGUAAUUGUGAUUGCAACUACAAUUUAGAACUAUGUUCAAAGGUUUAGGGCGUGCAAAGAAAUACUUUGGGAGAAUUUUGUACUAGUGUUUGGUGUAUUUUUCCUAGCGUGGGAUGAGUGGAACUCUCUUUACUAUAUGAGAUUAUUAGAAAGGUACAUUCUUGUAUUUGAAUGGUAUAUGAGAUCAAAUUUCACUAGUUGGAUAAGUUGUAUUUUGAAAGAAAAAAAAAAAGAUGAAGGUAACGAAAAGGGGUAUCUCCAUAAGUGGUAAAAGGAAAUCUCAAAGAAUAUGGAUAUAAAAAUUUAGUUUCAUGUGUAGGACAUAAAAUCAAAUGAAUUUUAAAGAGAAGACUUUGGUCUAUCACUUGAAUAAAGAGGGUUUAAAGUUUCGUUGGACAACAAGAUCUCUAAUUCAUUGAGCAUUGGAUAUCAAUAGAUUGAAGAGGUUUCUUCAGUUUAUAGAAAGUUAAUAAGAUACAUUGUAGCUCAAUGGGUAGCGAAGUUAAAGAAUCUUUGUGCUUAACCUAGAUAAAGGUUUGAGGCAAGGUGAGAACGAAAUGAUUGAAUCUUCACCUAGAUCUGCUCAGGUUCAUGCCCUUUUCUUCAUUAAAUAUUUGUUUGAUUUAGAGAAUCAUCUUCUUAAGAAGAUUCAAUCAUUUGGUCCUCACUUUCCUCAAUAUGAAUGAUGGGAAGUUGUUGAAGUUCAAAAGGGCCAUCAUCCCCUUGUGAUGGCAUUGUAUUUCUUUAUCUUAGUCUAUAACCAAUACGGCAACUCGCAGAAACAGUGGAGUUGAAUUGAGAAUCUUCGACAAACUUUGGAUGAUCUUACACAUAAUGGUUAUUCUGUGUGCAUUGUGGAGGAAAUUCGGGCCCAGCUCAAGCUCGAUCCAGGAAACGCCGUUUUGUAUCUGGGCAUGCUCAUCCAGGAAAUCCCUAUGUAUAUGGACUUGUUGGGGUUGAUCACGAUCUUGACUUUCCCGAACCUAUGCCUGUUGUAGGAUGGGAAGCCGCCGGACAAAAACUGUGAGAUGAAGAUAGUUGGUUUAUUACCAUAUUGGAUCAACAUGGCAGAAGGAGGUGCUGUGCAUAAUACUAUUGAUAUGCAAUCAUUGUUUCUAUUGACAGGAGCAAAUGGUGGUGGUAAAUCAAGUUUGCUUCGGUCAAUUUGUGCUGCUGCACUACUUGGGAUAUGUGGACUUACGGUUCGUGCUGAAUCAGCUCUGAUUCCAUAUUUUGACUCCAUCAUGCUUCAUACGAAGUCAUAUGAUAGUCCAGCUGAUCACAAAAGUUCAUUUCAGGUGGAGAUGUCUGAACUUCGAUCCAUCAUUACUAGAACCACCCAAAGGAGCCUUGUGCUUGUUGAUGAAAUAUGUCGAGGAACAGAAGCUGCAAAAGGGACUUGUAUUGCAGGCAGCAUCAUUGAAACUCUUGAUAGUAUUGGCUGUCUAGCUUCGAUCUGGAGCCUUGAUUCUGCCCAAAACAAUUUGGUGAAUAAUUAUGAACUUUUGCAGAAGUAAGGAGAUCAAUGCUGAAAUUUUGCAGAAUCGGAGAUUGAUAAUCAAUCUGGAGACUGGUUUGAUCAUUCUGGAGAAAGAUGUUUGCUGCUGAAGAUCAAGUGUAACAAGCUGGAAAAUAUUUAUCAAUCUGGAGACUGAUAUUACACUACUGUCCAGAUUGAUCAGAAUGUUGUCAAGAAUGUUCAUAUAUGUCUGGUUUUGCUAAUUUGCUAUAUGUUUGGUUUUGCUAAUGUUGUCAAGAAUGUUCAUAUUUAUCAAUCUGGUUUUGCUACUUGUUCCUUCCCAAGUAAUGAUAACAUUAGCAUGAAAUUCAGAGGCAGAAUCUUAUUUGAACUAAUGGAGAUUGAUUGCUUUUGGACCUGUGAUGAUCAUUCUGAAACUGGAGAACAUUCUUCGUUUUCCAUAUUUUGUUAAGAAUGUUCUCAAUUCUUGUCUGUUCAGUUUCUUGCCUUUUAUGUUUAUUUCUUUGUUUUGUUUAAA